AUGCGGUACAAUGAAUAUGUGUCAAGAAGUUGUAUGUUUGAAAAUGCAAAUAUGACUGUAUCACCGGAAUGUGAAGCAACAGCAGAACAAAGCAUUUUUCAAUUCUUCAAUGAUUAUGGCAAAAUUCUUAGUUUUUUGGAACAUGUUUACAAUUUCAUUCAUAUAAUAUCGGCUUAUCUGUUGCCAUACUUAAUCGAAAUGCUCUGCUAUGCAUGGAUUUUGGUGUUGAUGAAACGAGUGAAUAAGGAGAAGAAUGCCGAAAAAUCACAGCUUCGAUUGUUAGACUGUUUUUGUUUUACAUCGACCAAAUCAAGUUCCACAUGUUCCAGUUUGGAUAAUCCAACUGAAAUGUCGAGUAUUAUGCGCGCUCGAACGUCUGACGAAAACUUGGCUACCGAAAAAUCAUUACAUCCUUCAGUCGGAACUAAAUCAUUGUCUAAUGGUUUUUAUGCACCGGUUAGUGUCAACUUUGAAAGUGGAGGAUCAUUGAUUAUGGCAAAAAAUGCGGAAAAAAGACCAGCCUGGAAAAGUACCGUUGCUGUGGCAAGGCGAAAGACACGAAGAAAA